AUGCUCAAGGUCUCUCUCUGCGAUAAGUUUCGCUCACUGUUCGGAGACAAGAAAGUGACCCUUGGUCCUGACCUCCCAGACUCUUACCCCCUUUACAUCACUCAUGAUCUUGUCAGGUCUGCUAUGAACGUCAUCGCCGACAGGAAUAUUCCAUGGCCUAUUGAUCCCGAAUACCGUGUUGAGAUGGUCAUGGUCAAGGUUCCACUCAGCUUCUGUCCGCAAAACAUGCAAGGUUCCGGCGAACCCCAGAGCACCCCCGGUGGUGAGCUCGUUGCGCUCGCCAUGGCGAACUGGAGUGAGAUGGCUGUGGGCUUCAGCCUAGAGCCUAGAGAGCAUGUCUCUGUUGUCCCCCUGAACCAUCGUACACAUAAGAACGAGGGAACUAAUUAG